AUGGCAUUUGUUCUGGAAGACGAGGAUGCUCAAGCUUUUCAAGCAGCACUGUCGUUCGUGGACGAAUGUGUGCUGGUUGAUGAAGAAGAGAUGAAAGAUGCAGUAGCAUUGAAGCCAACUGUCAUGAUGCAGUCCGAAGAAGAUGAAUGGACGUGGAAAUCAGCAAUUGACAUCACCGGAGUCGAGACGUCAUUCGAAGCUUGCGGGACGUCGUCUACGGUUUCAGCUAUUGCAAUGCAGAAAAAGACUCACGAGAUGAGAGCUGCGAGUCAAACGGUGUCAAGACGACGAACGGAGAUGAAGGAGCGGAAGAAAUUGUUACGGAAGGCUGGCAUCUACGGCGACGCCAACUGGAUGAGCAAAGACAGCAGACUGGAGAUCGCUUAUCUUCACGAAAGAAUUGAGAAGCUUCAGCUCGACCUGCAGGUUCUACAGAGUCGAAAGAGCAGCAAGAAAGCUACGAGUGCUCAAGUUGCAGCACAGGAACCUACAGAUGCGAUGGAUUCAGCACGUCAGAUCCCAAAGGUGUGGGGAGAGAUUGCUGGUCGACAGCAACGACGACUAAAAGAGACUGAACGCAAAAAUACACGCUUGAGACUUGCCGUGCAGCAACAGCAAAAGGCGGCAACUUGUAUGCGGAACUUGGUGCGAAAGCGAGCUGGAUAUUUGACGAGUGAUUGCUCUUCGUUCAUAGACUUUGGAUGUGCUAACCAGAUUUUCGUCCAGCUUCUGGCCUCUCGACGUGGUGGUGCAGGAGACUUCCCGCUUCUUUUUCGACAUCUCGAGACCGCACGUCAGGAAGUGGAUGCUGUUUUCACUUCCAACGGUCUAGCGAACAUGGUGCUUACUCCCAGCGAAGUACACCUUCGCGAAGGUGUCGACGGCAAAUACCUCGAAGCGUUCUCGAACAAGGUGCUGCCUUUUGCACUGCGCGCUGCGACUGAAGCUACUUGGGGUCACUUUAAGGGAGGUGAGAAGCAUCUGGGCAAUGGCAAUAUCUACGAGAAGACUGCAAAGAGCGAUGACCCGUACACGAUUAUUGAAGAAUUUACGAAGGAGAUGCACUCCAAGAAUGCUCGAGCAGACAUCAAGGUGCAACAAGUUGUCCGUCGCUAUAUGGAGCCCGACCGUGACAUCAUUAUCUGGGUUUCGAUGGCUGAGCCUGUCGAGAUUAAGCAUAAGAUGCUGCAUGGACUCACUUACCAUCUUCGUGGCUACGCCAUGACGAAGCGGUCAUCUGCAUCGACACCGGAGAACGAGGUCUCUCAGCUGCAGUGCGUGUCGCUGAUUUCACUGGAACCGGAGGCGGAGGUCAGGUACGGACCCGAAACUGUGCGUGCAGUGACCAAUUUCCUCAUUGUCACUGCAGCUCAGAAGAUGCAAGCUCAUCAAGACUGUAUUGAAAAUGCCCUCGUGGACAAACAACUAGGACGACGAGGUGUCACGACGUCAUCCUACGACAUGUACUAG